AUGAAAGAGAAGAUCAAGCUAACAUCUGCAUCUGCCAUAACAGCAGGAGCUGUAAUCCUCAUGGAGCUCAGGCAUGCUUGUUUAACAUCAAUCAAAUACUUCAUAAUCUUGUACAUGUUUGUAGAGUGGUUAAUACUAUUACACCAAUGUUAUUCUCUUUUCGUUCGACCCAUUUGGUGGUCGAUCUUCGCUACACAAAGAACCAACACUUGUUCUGCUGCUCGAGCUGUAACAGCUCGCGCAGCAGAUACACAAGAGUUCUGCCGUGUUGGCAAGAACUCGUUAGGAGUAGAUGUGAAUAUGAUUAUGGAAAGAUUAGGGAUGUUUUGGGAUCGUGAUGGUAAGGCGCAGAUUAUUGUCUCGGAGGAUAUUAUAGACUUGUUUGAUGAGGAGGAGCCGAGCUUGGAUGAAGUGAAGGAAGCGUUUCGUGUGUUUGAUAGAAACAACGACGGGUUCAUAGAUGCAAACGAGUUGCAAUCUACUCUUCGCGAGAUGGGAUAUUUACGGAUAUCAGAAAAAGAUUGUAGACGGAUGAUUGAUGGGUAUGAUGUCGAUAAAGACGAAAGGAUUAGUUUUAGGGAGUUUUUGAAGCUCAUGGAAGACUGUUUAUAA